AUGAAUUCUAAAAAAGCUGGGAAAGAGGGCUCAAAGAGUCAGAAGACUAUUUAUGAGGCCAAUCAAAGUUGUCUUAAAUUUUAUUUGAAUAUCAUUGUGGCCACAAAUGUACGUCUUAUUUGAUGUUCUUAUUUGCUAACCUUUGUUGUUUCCCACCCAACUGUCACUCAAAUUUACUCGUCUGUUUACUUCAUUUUCGUCGUAUUUAUGAGAAAACCACAUCUGCAGUUCCCUCUGUCUCGGAAUUCGCUAUCACUUAGAUCGUCAAGAUUUAGGUUGGACGACUGCAGUCUCCACUCUGCUAGUGCACUAGCAGAUAGUCCCAUGGGAUUAUCGUCUAGAUAGUAAACACUUAGUGUCCUCAUUAAAGUGACUGCUCUUUGGCUGCCAACAUACAUCGACAAAAUCAGCUUUUCACCCCAUGCCUUUGAGAGAACUCUGGCGAGGCUUGAUGGAUUAGAGAGAGGUGUGUGUUGUUGGGCUUUGCUACCCUGGCGAUCUCCGGUAUGUUCCAUUAGGCUCUGGAAUCAACACUCCGACGCUUUGAUUACUGAUCUAGGAUAUUUAUUCAUCUCUUGCUGUUUGACCGAAGUGUGCUCAAUGAUGCUAGACAAACCCUCAACAAACCGCGGCGUCAGUAUUUUGCCGAAUAAGUAAAUUUCUUUGUCUGUUUGCCCAUAUUGCCUGCUGCACAUCAACUGCCCUCCAAUUUGUGGAAGCACUGGCCAAGGUAUCUCCGCGACAUCUCUUUGGUCGUACAUCUUGGCACUCAAACCGUCGUCACUUCAUAAUGCCUCACAUCGCGAUUCACCUGUCGGCCUGGACCGUUUCUUUGUAUACGCUGCCUGGCGCAUCAUAGCACUGGGCAACGCAUUCAUCCCUUUGGUUAAAACUCAAUAAUAGUUUUGUCUCUGUCAGACACAGAAGGCUAGUUAGUAUAGGCGUACUCAUCUUUACACCUCUGAUACCGUCCACGUUUGGGUUCUAAGCCAUACCCUUGAGUGCUGUGCUCCCAGAUUGAACUGCCGUGCUCUCUGUCGAUCCACCCCAGAGUGUCAUGACCUAUUCACCAAGCAUAAAUACCUCAAACUAGACAUCUCAUCAGAGGACAUCAUCAAGGCCGACCACAACAGGCAUGAUCACAGCUGUAUCAAGUUAGUAUGAGUACGCUAGAAAAGACAGUAACUCAUUAACCACUACCUAUGCAGACAAAAGAGCCUUCUACUUCGUCAAGAAGGCAGGGUUGGCUCGCCUCAGUCGCUGGUACAGUUUGCUUGAAUCAUGUUCCUGUGUUUUGGCCCGGAGCCGUAAUGCACGCAGUGUGAACCUACCAUUGCCUUUUAAUUGAGCAUACCGUCAUUUAAUGACACCCCUCGAUAUUCUUCAUUCAGGUCGUUUUCUUCGUUCUCACGACUGCAUUCUUCUGGGAGAAGUUCAUCUUGCGAUAUGUCGUCUUGUCUGUACUCUGCGUCAUUGCUAGUUUGGCUUCAUACAAAUUUAUGUCGUACAUGUCAACACCCACUUUCGAGCAGAAUGAGCGGGGAAUUAGUCAACUCGUCGAUGCUGGUCUUGAUCUGAACAUUGGAUCAGGUGGAAUUGCUGAGUAAGUCAACUUUGUGUGAUCAUAGCCAGCGCUUUUGCCACAAAAUCUGCUUCCUGAGCCUGCUACUGUAUUUGCGUUUUCACUAUCUAUUUAGUUUGUAGGUAGUGCGGAUAUCCUUUAUGUUGUCUCCCAUAUCCUAAAAGCCUGAGAUCGAGGCAAAUAUCGCUGCCUCGUACUUACUACAAGAAGACCAAAAAUGGGCCAGCAGCAUUGGCCACUCCACCCUUAUAAGUCAUAUAUUUAGACGCCAUUUGGAAAUGUGACUGACCGUAUAUUUUUCGAUUCCAUACAUGUGUGCACAGCUGAGCAGGAAAUGCUAUUUAUAGCACCCCUGACGGUCUGAAACACUCCGAUUUCCACGUGACGUCGGGACACCACAAGUUUAUGCUGCCAGGGAAUGAAAAUGUAUUCACUUUCUCCGCUAUGGGUGUGUUCAUUUAGUUGACUAAUUGAGCAAAUGUCCUGUGGUCGCAAUCAUGGCUUCGGGAGGUCUGCUUUUUAAUUGGCAAAUUUCGAUGUUUAGUGAACUUGCUGAAAGUUUGCUGGCAAUUUAAGCGGAUUCAUUUUUUCUUACUGCUCUCUGCUAUUUCAGGCAGAUUUAUUUUAAUUUUGUUUUCGAAUAAAUCGACGCCCAAUGCGUGGUACAGUAACUUAGAAGUUUGAUUGCACAUCCAUGUCCUCGUGAGAAAAUGCUUUUAGAAUUGCCAACCGGUCUCAUUAUUUUUUUCGUCUCAGGUACGCAAAGGAUCUGAUUCUGGCCUGCUGUAUAGUACAAGGUCUCAGCCUGAUUCACAAUGGCUUUUGGUUACUGCUGUUAUUUGUAAGUUUUGGAGGUCCUAAAUCCCCGCAUUUUUCCAACACCCAACCCCAUUGGAAUAUCGGUCGUUUCCUUAAGUUCUUGAACAAUAUUAUCCUGCAACUCUCAAUGGUGAACUUGGUUUCAUCCCAAACAACCUUAUUGUUACUCGCCCCAAAUGCUUGCUUAUCAGGGCUAGUGUAAAAGUAGGCACGGAUGAGCAGUCGAUAAAUUUAGUUGGGCAGAUAAACAGUCUUUUUUAAAUUGAAUAGCUUUGGUAAAAAGCGUAAAAAGGGGCUGACUCUGACGUCUACUAAUGCGGCAGGAGGAUUAACCGAAGCAAUAAUUUAUGACAGUAUCAGCAAAAUCAGUAACACCAUCACCGAUGUAUAGUCAUCUCAGUAUUCUAUGCCCCAGUAACGACCUUCAUCGGUUAACUGAACUUCCCCGCGUCUCUGGCCAUUAGUAUUCGCCUUCCCCUCUUGAGCCUUGACGCGGUUAAAGUAAGCUUAGUGUUCUGGAAAACUGUGAGGGAUUCUUGGGUGCAACGUCGUGGGUGAAUCGCUUCUCAAAUCACUCCGUCAAAUAUUGUUCGACUACUUGACGCUCAACAAAUUAGGAACCAGGGUUCGAAUUCCAAGUCAUCCAGACCUGGGGUCGGGUAUGACUGGCUGACGACGGAUAGUAAGCCGGAAAUAGCCAUCCCAGUCUCCCUUUUCUUUGUUGGCCUUCCUUUCUGCUUAUACGACUGCUUGCGAGGGCUCUAAUUUGAGCCCCAAGACAACGAGACGAACCUGACCGGUGAACACCUUUCUAUCAUACUGUCCACGGACGUAAGUCCUCAGCAGUUUAGGCAACGGUGAGUGUUAUGUUGCAUUUACGCUCAGUCCCUGCCCUGACAGCUGUUUGACUUGUCUUUAGUUAAAAAACUCACAGCCUCCAGCCUACUUGAUCCACUCUUGUCGCGCGUCAAGUCGCCUGACUUUCCUCUCAGCCCAUGUAGUUUUUCUUCACCGUUCGCCGUUCUUCCGGUCCCUCUCCACAGGUUCCCGGCCGCGUGUGCUACCUUUUCUGGGUGCAUAUCCUUGCUCCCUGGAUCUUUGAUCCCAAUCAGUCGCCCACUAUCAGCGAGAAGAAACAGAAGAAGCAGGAACGUCGAAUGAAGCGAAUGCAGAACGCCGGCCGAUAA